AUGGCGUCGGCUACAUUUGGAAACCGAUUUCGUGCAUUUAUGAACCACCCAGCAGGUCCCAAAACGGUGUUCUUCUGGGCGCCGAUGAUGAAAUGGGCUCUUGUAGUCGCAGGUCUGGGCGACUUGGCACGUCCUGCGGAGAAAUUGUCAGCUUCGCAAAACACUGCACUGGCGGUUACAGGAUUUAUUUGGGUUCGCCAUCGUCACACACAUCCUCAGCAGGAGAACCAAGUGCCCUCCAAGGCAUGA